AUGAAAAGACAUAGCAUUGGGAAAACCUUUACAAAGUUAAAAGGAUUGAAUAAAGCUGAUCCUGAUGCAAUAAUCCCUGAGACCCCAAAAUUAAUAGAAGAUUUUAUAGAAUCUCUUAAUUCUCAGGGAGCUAUUAUCAAUAAAGUUAAAUAUGCAAUUUUUUAAACAAAAAAUGGUUUAAAAUAUCCUGGUCUUAUAGGUAUGUAUUUUUAUGAUUUUAGCAACUGAGAAAAUUGAGCCAAAUGAUAAUCUUGUUAUAUUACCAAGAGAAACUUUGUUAACAACAAAAUAAGCAUUUGAAUCUCCAUUAAAACCUAUGUUUCUAGAGUUUCCAUAAUUCUUUAGUCCUAAAUUUAUGCCCAAAUGGUAAUAUCAUAUAAUUUUAUCAUUUUUACUUUAUGAAUACUAAAAAGGUACAGAAUCAAAAUGGCAUCUACUAAUCAAUAAUUUUCCUAAGGAUAUUGAUUAUGCAGUAUUUUGGAAACGUGAGGAUUUAGAACUAUUAUAAGAUCAAAGAAUGGUCAAGCAUGCUAUUGAAAAGAACAGAUAUUUGAUAGCUACCUUUCAAACUCUCUAAUACAUUACUAGUAAAUAUCCUGAUCUUUUUAAACCAGGGAUUGUUACUAUGGAUAAUAUUAUUUGGAUUUACACAAGUAUUGUUACAAGAUGUUUUGGAGGUUAAGGGUUGAAAUAUGUUACUAUGGUACCAUUUUGUGAAUUAUUUAAUCAUGAAAAUGCUGAUGUUUGUUAUGAUCUCUAAUAAAAUGAUGGAAGAACUAAAUACAAUUAUGAGUUUAUGACAUAAAAAGUAAUUAAAGGAGAGAAGGAUGAUGAUGAAUUAUCAGUUUCAUCUUUUGAUAAUUCAUUAUGUUCAGAAGAUGACAUUAGUGAUUCUGAAUAUGUAACAAGUGAUUAUCAUGAAUACCAAGAAUUUAAUUUUGAUGAAUAUUACGAAAAAUCAAUCAAAAAUUUCACUAAUAAUUACAAUUAAAUGUUUGAAAAAUUAAAACUCUAAAAUGAAGACCAAGAAUCUUUUAAUAGAAAAAUUAAAGAAUAAUAAGAAUUUUAAUUGAAGUUGAGAAAAGAAUUGAAUAUUAAAUUAAAUAUACAAAAAGAUGUUUUCUAAUUAGCCAUCAAUAGUAAAGCAAUGCUAUUUUAAAACUUAGAUUUUGGAGAUAAUUUUUCUAUUCUUUUUUUAGGAUAAAUUUUCCAUAUUUUGGAUUAAUCAAUCAAAAUGUAUUUUUAAGAAGAACUAUCUUCAUUUAAAGCUAGAGAAAUUUUCGCUAAAAUUGAAUAAAUAUGUAGUUGUUAUUUAGAUAAUUGGUACACUUUUAAUAAUGUUGUUAAAAAAAAUCCAGUCUAAUAAAGAGUCAAUUCAUUUUCAUAAAAAAUAGUUAAAAGACCAUCAAAAGUCAUACCAACAGUUGAAUCAUUUUUAAAAAUGCCUGUUGAUAGAAGUUUCAAUUAUUAUUAAAAUGUUUGGGAAAAUGAAAAUUUUAAGAAUCUACUUAUGAGAACAAGAGAUUACUUUGAAAAAGGAUCAUAAGUGUAUUUCUGCUAUAGUUAAUUGUCAAAUAGAAUGAUGAUACUCAAAUAUGGAAUGGCUUUAGAAUACAAUAAAUUUAAUAGUGCUUUUUUAAGAGUAGAAUAUUUAAAAUAUCUUCAAAAAAAGGAAGCCAUUUGGAUUGCUCAUAGAUUUAAAUUAGAUAAAUUUAAAAGAUUUAAGUUAAAAUUUAUAAAACCUCCUUAUGAGUUGAUUAUAUUUUGCAAAUUAGUCUAUUGGUAAUAUCUUUUCAAAAAUCUUUAUUAGGGAUUUAAAUAUACAUACUGUGGAAACUAUUUUUUAAAUCCAAGAUUUGAAACUAGAAAAAAAAGCAUUAAAUUUAGCUCUUGAAAUUAUGGAUGAAGAAAACUCAAAAUUCACAGAAAAAAUUGAAGAUCUUGAAUAAUAGCUUAAAGACAAAUCCUUAGGGUACCAUGAAUAUUUUGCUAUAGUUUACAGAUUAGAAAGAUUAAGAAUAUAUCGAUAUAAUAUAAAGUAUUUAAUAUAUUAAAACUAGUCUUAUCAACAUUAUGAUAAUUGCAAUUGAUAAAAUCAUCAAUGGAGUUCCAUUUGAAUAGGCAAUUGAAAAAACAGAGUUUGAUUUUGAUUUUUAUCUAACAAAUCGCCACACAUUAAAGAAAUAUUUUGAUGAAUUGAGAUGCGCUCUAUAUUAAUCAAAAUGA